UGUACUGAUACUUCGUUUGGUGGAGGGAUGGAGGAGGGGCCAGAGGAGAGCAGGUUAUCACUUUCUUUAAAGUGGAGGAUUGAACUCGACUGAGAGCAUCCAGCUCUUUCACCUGUCAACGUCGCACAAGCAGCGGCGGCGGCGGUGGGCGGGGCAAGUGUCCUGAUCCAGUUUUCUCGAUGAGGAAGUGAGAGGAGAUGAGCUUCAGACACAGUUUUCCAAUCUUCUCUUCUCUUUAACCAUGUUAAACAACAUAUUAACUAUAGCUGAAGAUUUUUUUACAGAGCUUUAAACAUCUGGAGAGGAACUUCAAGUCAAGUCAUGUGUCUCAUGUCCCACCUCUGACUGUUUUAUUAUAGAGCACUGACAAAGAGAACAAAACUGGACAAAAGUGAAGUAAAAUGUCAAAUGGUGAAUUAAUCUUCUAAUAAAGAAAUGUCUCCUCAAACAUCCGUAAAUUGAAAAUCUAAUUUUGUAUUUGCAGUCAUCACAAUCCUGCCCAGUCCCUGCCACAUUUACCGGUGCAGUGACAAAGAAUCGUUUCUCUGUUGCCAGUAAAUUCCUAUAAAACAGUCAUAAUAGACUGUUCCUAACCUCCAUGUUUCAGAAGCCCGAGCCAAAUGUCACCAGGCUGCAAUAAAUCAGACUUUAAACUGGAGAGUUAUGUUCUCGCAGAGAGACGAUGCAUAAUUCAUUUCCCUCUCUUUGUAGCACGAACGACAGGAAGGCCAUCAGUGCUUUUAGUAGUUCAGCCAGCCUCAUUUACUGGAAACAUUUCCUGAGCUCCAGGUUUUCUUUUUUUUCCCCCUCCUCUUGUGUGUUUGUCCGUCUGCGUGUGAUGCACGUGCACCCACAUGAAAGUCCAAACGUUCAGUCCAACUUCUGAUCUCCACCGAGGCGAGAAGAGAGGGUCCUCUGAGCUUCACCUACGGGCAGGAGAAGAAAAGAAAAACACCCCCAAAACAACAAAAGCCCUGUCAGCUCCAUCCCAACAUGAAGAGGAAAACAAAUAGUGGAUGAGAGAGAUUAAAACUCCAAACAAAUGCACACAGAGUUCACUCCCUCCUUCUCUGUUCAUUCACGUACGCUGCAAAACCUGAAACACAAAAGGUUUGAUCUCAGAGGCUCAGAUGUACAGAACUGCAGCUAUUUCUACUCCUGUUUUGGUUUCAGGAUGUCAAUGUACGUGACAUAUAGUUUUUUUUUUUUACAUUAAGUCCAUUAUCCAUAUCUAUCAGUGCUGCAAUAAAUAAAUAAAAGCAGCAUGAGUCAGGAAAAGGGCAGCUGCAUCCUCAGUUCCCCUCAAUCCUAUUAAUACAGACUGGACUGAAAUAGACAGUAAGUCUGGGAACGUUUUGUAUGUGGAGCCCACGAGCUGAGAACCACAUGCGAUUGUUUCCCCGUCAAUCAAAAGUCUUCAAAAAUAAAGCGAUGGGAACUCAUCAAUCAACAAAUCUCUCAAUAAAGCCCUGUUACAUACCAAAGCUCCGACCAACAAUGAGCCUCCAACUGGCAGCCAUGUUGUUCUGUUUUUCUGUGAAUACUUUUAUCCCUCUCUCCUUUCCCAUUCCUUUUGAAGAAUGUUUAUCAUAAUUAUUUGUUGUUUUCCUUUCUUUUUGUUCACAUGCUAAGGAGAUAAUUGCUGAUUGUUGUGAAAGCACCAUCAAAGCCGGUGGUGACUGGGAGCGUCCUGAGGGCCCGGGACUCCUGCAGAGCUCUGCAGCGAGGACACUUAACCGUUUAAUCCCCCGCCUCCUCGUUAGCUGUGGUCAGCUAACGGCAGGUCAGGGAGCAGAGGAGCUGCAAAUGAAAGGAUUUAGUCUGCAAAAUGUUGAUAACAAGUGUGCAACACUAAGCUGCCAGAGUAUAAAGGUUUGCAUUACUGCUGAAAACAAGUGGUCAAUCAACUGUCAGGAAAUUAAUUUUUUAAAGUAUUUUCACAAUUAAUUAAUUAAUUAAUUAAUUAAUUAAUUUCACUGCUGCUGGUUCUGGCUUUUCAAAUGUAAUUUUCUGUUUUCAUAUUGUUGUGAACUCAAUUUAAUUGGAUUUUAGCGAUUUGAAAUAGAUACCCAUUCUGGGCUCACAUCUCUCGUUUCAUUCUUUUUUUAUAUUUAAAAGACCAAAUUAAUCAAAUUAUAUACAAUCAUCCUCUUUAAAUGAAUAAAUCAAUUAGAAAAAUUACUAAGCCCUACAACUCAAGAUGAUUUGUAUAAAGCCUACAUCUCUUUAAAGGUCUCUCAAACAAAUAAACUACAUUUCCCUACAGCCACCGCUUCAUAUAGUCGCUGCUCAUUGGUUGCAGCUCAGCUAAGCUUUGCCGUGCAGGUUUGCGUGUGGAGCCGUGAUGCUGUCGAUCAAACGGAGACCAUCCGAACCAAUCAGAUCCGGAGUUUCCCCCCUCGGAGUGGGCGGGGCCUCUGCGCUUCCUCACACAUCACGCUUGUCUCCGGUUCGUUGCUAACAACCUGCUGCCUUGCAACUUCGUCUGUCCGCCGCUCACUCAUGCACCGGCGGGUUCCAGCUGUGGUGUCGGCGAGGUUGUGCGUGAGGAUGCGGCCGUGUGGACGCUGAGCUCGGCCUGACCCUCGGCUCCGCGCUGGCUGCACGGUGCUCCGCGUCUCUCCGCCUGCUUUCCGACGCCUGGGGUUUUGCGGUCCGGCCUCCAGCCGCGGCUGCGAAUUAAACUUCAUUUCUCAGCGUCGCCCUGCCCCUGAAAUCAUGUUUAUUUUAUAAAGAUGGCGGCGAGGGGGAAACUGUAAACUAAAUGACUGUCAGAAACAUCGCCUCCAUUUGUAAUAUGGGCACCAAUGCCUCUGCUCUGGAGAAAGACAUCGGCCCGGAGCAGUUUCCAAUCAAUGAACACUACUUUGGAUUGGUCAAUUUUGGAAACACAUGUUACUGUAACUCGGUGCUCCAGGCGCUCUACUUCUGCCGGCCUUUCCGGGAGAACGUGCUGGCCUACAAAGCCCAGCAGAAGAAGAAGGAGAACCUGCUCACGUGCCUGGCGGACCUCUUCCACUCCAUCGCCACGCAGAAGAAGAAAGUUGGCGUCAUCCCGCCCAAGAAGUUCAUCUCCCGCCUACGGAAAGAGAACGAUCUGUUCGACAACUACAUGCAGCAGGACGCGCACGAGUUCCUCAACUACCUGCUGAACACGGUGGCCGACAUCCUGCAGGAGGAGAAGAAGCAGGAGAAGCAGAACGGACGCCUCAAGAACAACGGUACCGCCGUCACCACGGAGACCGAGACGGAGAACAAGACGGAGCCCACGUGGGUUCAUGACAUCUUCCAGGGCACACUGACCAAUGAGACGCGCUGCCUCAACUGUGAAACGGUGAGCAGCAAAGAUGAGGACUUCCUGGAUCUCUCUGUGGACGUGGAGCAGAACACAUCAAUAACACACUGUCUCAGGGACUUCAGUAACACAGAGACUUUGUGCAGCGAGUACAAAUACUACUGUGAGACGUGCUGCAGCAAACAGGAAGCACAGAAACGGAUGCGCGUGAAGAAGCUUCCCAUGAUCCUGGCGCUACACCUGAAGAGGUUUAAGUACAUGGAGCAGCUGCACCGCUACACCAAGCUGUCCUACAGGGUGGUGUUCCCCCUGGAACUGCGUCUGUUCAACACGUCCGGGGACGCGGUCAACCUGGACCGCAUGUACGACCUGGUCGCCGUGGUGGUUCACUGUGGCAGUGGCCCGAACAGAGGACAUUACAUCACCAUAGUGAAGAGUCACGGCUUCUGGCUGCUGUUCGAUGAUGACAUUGUGGAGAAAAUUGACGCCCAGGCCAUCGAGGAGUUUUAUGGGCUUACCUCAGACAUCUCCAAGAACUCUGAGUCGGGAUACAUCCUCUUCUACCAGUCCAGGGAGUGACUGAUCCGAUCCCUGACAGAGGAGGAGACUGAAUAGGAAGAAACCUUUUUCUUUUUUCUUUUUUCUUUCCUUCAGCCGGACUCCUGCCCCCCCCCCCCCCCCCCGUCCUCCAUGUCUGACCUCUCUUAACGUAUGUGCCAACCCUCCUCCGGUCCCAGUGUCACCCUCUGGGUUUACCUGUGCUUCAUGUCUGUCCGUGUGUCCUUCGCUUCUUGUCUUUUCGUCACCUGCAUCUGGACUGCACUUUAAAACAAAAGCAAAAAUGCUCAACAGCACGACAGAAACGAAAUGGAGUCUGCGUCCACGUGCUAGUGGGAGGAGCCUGCUGAGGUGGAACAUGAGGCGAAGGGGUCUGAUGCACGUACAGACAAUUGUCAGAAAUUGUACUAUAUCAUUUAUAUGUAUAUAAUGUCUUCUUCACCCUCAUAAUUCCUUCCAUUAGGGCUAUUUCCCCCGUCACUGUCCUUUUGCUGUGUUCCCUGGUGGAUGCAUGAGAAGUGAAUGAAGUUGGAGACAAACACUGUACAAUACGCAGAGAGAGAUUUUGAAGCAAUAUCUGAGCAUUAAUUAUAAAACUCAAAAGCUUAAAACUACCUAAAGUGAGUAACUGGCUGACAGUGCAGAGGUCGUUUGGCUGCUGUCAGCUCAUGUUAGUGUAACCAGGUGUGAUCCAACUGAGCCACACGCUCUAACACUACAGGUGAGAGGAAACCCUGCCAGGCGGACCUCCAUUCAAAUCAGCUGAAUCUUUAUAAUUUUUUAUUCUGAUAGAAAACCCCUAUUUAUUGAACUGAGCAUAUUUAUUACUGUUAUUUGUAAUACUGACUGGUUGAUAAUGAACGUGUUUGUGGCUCUUUUGAGAGCUUUGUAUGUUAAGACUCCGAUGUCUAAGCUCUCGGUGUGAAGGGCAUGGUGUAUGUAAUACACAACUUCAUAGGACAGCUAAAAAAAAAAAAAAAGGUUUUUAUCAGUUUAACUUUGUGUUUUGCAUGUUAAAUGAAAAUAUAAGACAGAUUAACAUGACGCAAGAGAGACACAACCCACAAUCCUAAUGCUUAAUCUUUUGAUUGACACGACACAGUGAAAAGUGCAAUAAGAGGUGACGUUAUUCAAUGUGCAAUUUCCCAGUGAGACUAAUAUACAGGACCUUUUUAAAGUAGUUAGAAGUAGAUGUGUUUGUUUUCGACUGAUCUUUUCCCAGCGCUGUGUUUGAGUUCUGGUGAUAUCAAAGUAAAAGCCCCCGUUCACCACGUGCGAUGCACGCUACCUGCUGGGCUGUCAGGAACUCAGUUCUUUCAUCCUUCUGUUGUUGGUUUUUAUUGUUUUUUUUUUUUAUAUAUAUCUUUACACAUUUUCUCUUGGUUUGUCUUCGACUCUGAUGACGUAAAUUGUGUGUGUGUCAUACGUAGCACAUUGGAAUCCUAAAUCCCGUAGAGAUGAAAUUCAAGCUGCAUCGUUACUUAAGAGAACUUCCCUUGUACUGUAGAUGUUUGUUGCUGUGCCCUGUAGAAUAGUGCGACAUCAAAGUACUUGUUUUCAUGUGAAUGACAUUCCUGUUUGCUGCACAUCAGAGGAAAUAACCAUUUCAAACACAUCUAAAUAAGAGGUGGGAGUAGGAUUAAUUUCUUAUCUUAGUGUGUGUGUGUGUCUGUACGGGAGAAGUUGUUUCUACUGUCUCGUCCGUUUAGUCUGUUACCGGGUGAAGUCACGUGGACCACGUGCCAAACUGGAGUUGAUGCUGACCUUGCAACCGUCUUUAACAGAACAUAUUUUCUUUGUAAAGACAACUGUACAUAUAUAUUAUGUAGAAAAACACUUCUGGUAAUAGGAAAAUAUUUUUUUAAAGUGCAGAUCUUACAAUGUAAAGACGCUCAUGGCAAAGAUUUUAGAUUAACACUGACCAUUAAUGAAACUGUUAAGAAAUACUGUGCUAUUUUACAAUCACUCAAUUACAUAAUCAGUCAGACUCGUGCAGAGGACACCAUCUGUUCCAUUAUUGAUAUUAACUGGGUUGAACUGAGCCGGGGUAGAAAACAGUAGCAGGAAAAGUCUGAGAUGUUUUAGACUCAGGUGAGAGGGAAGAAGGAUUCUUCAUGCGCUGAUCUUCCAUGAACACUUAUGCACUCGCCCUCACUGAGAUCCUCAGUCGUUGCACUCGGUCUUCUGUAUCUUACUGUGAUAGUGUUCUACAGAGGAGAGCUCAGGUGCAGGGCGUCCUGCACCAGGUGGGAUCAGACUUCGUGGGAGGGGAGGAGGGGAUGACUCGGAGUCUCCGUCUGGCUGUAAACUGAAAGUGCACUUUAUUAGUGAUGAGCUUUGAUGCUUUAAUAUGAAGAACCACAGUCUAACACACUCAUUUUGAGUUUUUUCUUCUGUUCAAUAAAAUGACUAUCAACUAAC